UGUAGUCAUGACGACUAUGACAUGACCAGUGAUCCAGCAAAGUUCCAAAGAGUCAAAAAUCUCAAGUCUUUUUUUUUUUUUUUUUUUUUUUUUUUGAGGAACAAAGAAAAAUACAGUAUUUAUUUAUUAAUAAUUCAAUUAUGGGAAACACUUUAAUGGAGAGAAAGAAAAAUGGACUCUGAAUUAUAGUAUAUCUCAAGUUCCUAAAGCUUUUGGCAAUUUGAUAAUGGCGUGAUACCUUUUUUCAUUCUCUCAACAAACGCGCCUCUAAAUCUCUCUCUCAUCUUCUCCGACUCCAAUUUCUUGCAAUUCACUCCAACUUCUUCUUCUCUCUCUCUCUCUCUCUCUCUCUCUCUCUCUCGAGAUUUCGUUUCUCACGUUUUCUUCACCAAAUAUGGGAACCUGCUUCUCCAGCUCCACUAAAUCCACGGCUGAGAUCUCUCCCUUUGACCUCGUCGUCAAACCUCCUCCUUCUUCCACCGCCGCCGCCACUGCACCACCAACCCAACGAAUCCCCACCGCCACGGCCACAAAAACAGAGACGGUGAGCUUCGCCGCAACAGUGAGAUUGUACGGACCACCUAACAGUCUGGUGACUUCGUAUCUCCGUUUCGCUCUUCUUCACAAGAAAGUCCCUCUCCGUUUCGUUCCAUCGGAAGACCAAAAGCCGACGAUUCAAAUCGGAUCGGAGACUGUAUCAGGAGGAUCUCUAGAGGUUCUUCUCCGUUACAUCGAGGAUAAGUUCCCGGAGCCGCGUUUGAUGAUUUGGAAGUUUAAUCUAGAAGGUUUCGACGAAGCGACUCCAUUGAUAGUGAGAGCGAUUUGGCUUCAGCAUAGGAGUAUGUUGUGGCAUAUGGAGAGGAUGUUGAGAUGGUCGGAGGAUCUAGCGGCGCGUGGAGGUAAAAAAGCGGUGGAUCCGUCGGUGGGAACACCGAAGAUGGAGAUUAGGAAAUUUGCAAAGAGUUAUACACAUUUGCAAGAGCUUAUGCUUGAACAUGCUCAAAUGGAAGAGAGAAUCUUGUUCCCUGUUCUUGAAUCUGUUGAUCGAGGGAUGUGUAAAAGUGCAAAUGAGGAACAUGGGAGAGAAUUACCAAUGAUGAAUGGAAUCAAAGAAGAUAUCAAAUCCAUUGGAGUGUUGGAUUCUGGGAUUUGUUCAGAAGCUCUCUUUAGUCUUGCUUCACGUUUCAAAUCAUUGCAGAUGAUGUGUAAAACACAUUUUGAAGAGGAAGAGAAAGAUUUAUUGCCAAUGGUGGAAGCUGCAGAGAUGGGGAAAGAGAAGCAGAAGAAAUUGUUGAAUCAAGGCUUAGAAGUUAUGAGUGGGACUCAUUCUAAUUCGUUUGAUUUCCUACUAGAGGGUCUUACUCCUCAAGAAGCUAUGCAGUAUCUUGACUUGCUCAUAAAAUUUGGUGAUCCAGAUCUUAUCUCAUCUUUUCUCUGCUCUGAUGUUGUUGACUGAAUUAUCUUUUAUAGGUUUACUUUGUGAAAAACUACUGUUGUUGUGUGUGGGGUUGUGAAUUUUGUGUAUAUAGAGUCAGAUUGUUGUUUUCAGGUGUUGCAAUGUUUUUCUCAUUCUUUUAGAUAAAAAAAAACAAACAAGGAAGGUUAUGUAACUCUUAAGAGGGCAACAGAUGUUUCUAGGAUGGUUUAUCCAAGUUUUCAGCAAGGUUAAUUCGA